AUAGAUAGGGCAGGGGACAUAUAGCAAUGUAUAUAAAGCGAGGGACUUGAUAAGCGGGAAGAUAGUGGCAUUGAAGAAGGUUAGGUUCGACAAUUUAGAGGCCGAAAGUGUGAAGUUCAUGGCGAGAGAGAUACUCAUUCUGAGGAAGCUUGACCAUCCAAAUGUCAUCAAGCUUCAAGGCUUGGUCACUUCCAGAAUGUCCUCAAGUCUUUACCUUGUUUUCGAGUACAUGGAACAUGAUUUGGCUGGCCUUGCUGCUUCUCAUGGUCUCAAGUUCACUCACCCCCAGGUGAAAUGCUAUAUGAAACAGUUGCUUUCUGGACUUGAGCACUGCCACAACAACGGGGUCCUGCAUAGAGACAUAAAGGGUUCCAAUUUGCUAAUUGAUAAUGACGGGACUUUAAAGAUUUCAGAUUUUGGAUUGGCAUCGUUUUAUAACCCCGAAAUAAAACAACCCAUGACUAGUCGGGUUGUCACCCUCUGGUAUCGCCCCCCCGAGCUUCUUCUUGGAGCUACUCACUAUGGUGCUGGUGUUGAUCUCUGGAGUGCUGGCUGCAUUUUGGCCGAGUUACUCUAUGGGAAGCCCAUCAUGCCUGGGCGAACCGAGGUUGAGCAACUCCACAAGAUAUUUAAAUUAUGCGGUUCGCCGUCUGAAGAGUAUUGGAAGAAAUCCAAGUUACCUAACGCGACACUUUUCAGACCACAACAACCAUAUAAGCGGUCUACUAAAGAGACGUUCAAGGAUUUUCCACCCUCUUCGUUACAUCUAGUAGAGACUCUUCUUGCAAUCGAUCCUAACGAGCGAGGCACAGCCACUGCAGCUUUACACAGUGAGUUUUUUACUAGUGAGCCAUACGCGUGUGAGCCAUCGAGCUUGCCAAAGUAUCCUCCUAGCAAGGAAAUGGAUGUAAAGCUGAGGGAUGAAGCACUGAGAAGGUUGAAAGGUGCAAAUGGGAAAGGCCAUGCGGCGGAUGGAGCCAGAAAGGCGCGAGUUAGAAACCGGAUUAGCCGGGCAAUUCCAGCUCCCGAGGCUAAUGCAGAGCUUCAAGCCAAUUUAGAUAGGUGGAAAGUGAGAAAUCAGCAGGGAGAAGGGAAGAAGAGCAAGAGUGAGAAAUUCCCACCGCCGCAUCAAGACGGGUACAUAGACGCCGGGCCAUUAUCAUUUGGCGGUGGUGGGCCCGACGCCUCUUUUGCUUCCUCAAAUUUCGGGGGAAGAACGUUGCCUUCGGUCCAAACUAGUGCCACGUCGAGGAGGAAGAAGAAGAGCGGAGAAGAGACAAUGCCUCACGUGGGUCCCGCCCGGAAGUUCAUACAUGCAUUCCUCCCAUCUUCGAUUUUGGAUCUGAGAGUCCGGAGGAGGAAGAAGAGUAGAGCGUCCAUUUCGGAGAUCAUCGGCCACUCAAUGUAGAUAAUAUGCAAGGAAGAUGGAUUUUAUGUCGUGUUUGGUUGGUGUCUUUUCUUUUUUCUUUGCAAGUAUAUAUCUCCCACAUUUUUUUAAAAUUUUGGUACAAUAAACUAGUUAGAAUUUAAUGUAUCCGAGGAUAUAAUCCACAUCUAUUUUGGUUAUACGGAUCUUAGUUAAUCAUAUGACUCUUCCAAAUGAGAGGUUACGGAUUCAGAAGCAAUAACUCGUGAUGUUUCGA